AUCCCAUUAUGAUGCUGCGGCCAUGUGAGGUCCGUUUGGACGGCGCCGAAGCCGAAGGCUCGAGUUUUGGGACUGAAUCAGCAGCAAACAGUAAAAGUGAGAGCAACACUUUGCUGGGAGGGAUGAAGAGUUUCGAUGAGCAAUAGAUUCUGUCACUUUGGGAUAUUCUAUGGAUUCUGAGCUGGUUUGAACCAAAGUAGGUUUUGGAGAGAUGACAGAUGAGACAAUGAUUAACCUGGCUGGCAGCAGGAAUGUGUGUCACUAUCAGGUUUGGGGUCUCAGUGUGUGUACAUGACAGCAGGUGAAGGUCUGGAUGAAGGACAGACAUCGGACUCUUAAAUAAAGACAGCAGGACAGCUGUGUGCAGGCUUUCCUCCUCCUGUUUUAUUCAUCUGUGUAAGCGGAGCGUCAAACUCUCAGGACCGUAUUUCUUCUUCGUCAGUCCUGAAAGUAUUUUUCUGGCUGCUCUGUUGUGAUGGAGCGGCCACACGACAGCUGCCACCAUGCUGAGGACUGAGGGAGCGCCCAGACUCUGAUCCAGCUGCAGAAGCAACUGCAAGUUCUGUACAGGGCUACACCUUCCUCCUCUGCCUCCUCUGCCUCCUCAUCCUCCUCUGCACCUGCAGCUACAGGAGCAGGAGCAGGAGCAGGAGCAGGAGCAGCGUUUCUCCAGGUCCGGCCCGGUGCCGUCGCAGUCAUGGCCUCGGCGGCUCUGGAGCUGAUGGGCUUCUUCCUGGGCCUCCUGGGGAUGCUGGGAACUCUGGUGUCCACGGUGCUGCCGUACUGGCAGAUCUCGGCUCACAUCGGCUCCAACAUCGUGACGGUGGUGGCCAACAUGCGGGGUCUGUGGAUGGAGUGUGUGUACCAGAGCACGGGGGCCUUCCAGUGUGAGACCUACAACUCCAUGCUGGCGCUGCCCUCCAACCUGCAGGCCUCCCGGGCCCUCAUGGUCAUCUCCCUGGUGCUGUCCGUCCUCGCCGUGGCCCUGGCAGCCCUGGGGAUGCAGUGCACCCUUUGCCUGGAGGGCUCAGGUGGGGUGAAGAGUCGCGUGGCGGGGGCCGGCGGGGGGUUGUUCCUCUCGGCUGGCUUCAUGGCCCUGGUGCCCGUGGCCUGGACCACGCAUGAGGUGGUCCAGACGUUCUACAGCCCCAAUAUCCCCGCCGGCAUGAAGUACGAGCUGGGCGAGUGCCUGUACCUGGGCCUGGCCUCGGCGCUCAUCUCCAUGCUGGGCGGGGGGAUGCUGAGUGCGUCGUGCUGGGAGGAGCAGGAGGGAGGCCGCGGGGGGCGGCCCGGCGGAGGGUACCCAUACCCGUCGGGCGUGGCUAUGACCGGCCCUGGGCUUCGAACGACCUCACAGGUCUACUGGAACCCCGCCCUGCAGGUGCAGGGGGCYGGCAGGGGGCAGACACUCCUCCACGGGCCGAGCAGGGGCUCAGAGUCCAGCGCGAGGUCAGGUCAAGGUCAGGCAGCGAAGAAGCCCACCGCAGCAGGAUAUGACAUCACAGGAUACGUCUGAUGUUGUUCCAGCACUCCUUUAAACACAACUUCAGCUUCGUUUGGUGUUUUUAAGAAAGAAAUCAUUUCAUUACUCAGAAAUUUGUUUUUUAUAUUUAAUACUUUAAGARUCUGUAUCUCCUGAGGUUUCCUGCAGCGAGACGUAUGAGGUGCCGUUUGUAAAGUUACAUAUUCAAAAGUUACCACCAAUAUUUUUGUUUUAUUUAGCCUUUUA